AUGAGCCUCCCCACCAUCGUCCUCGUCCACGGCUUCUGGGGUGACGCCGCCCACUGGGCCGGCGUCAUCACCGAGCUCAACGCCAAGGGCUACAAGCAGCAGGCCGUCGAGCUGCCGCUGACGUCGCUCGCCGACGACGCCGAACGCACGCGCAAAAUGGUCAAGCAGAUCAAGGGCGACGUGCUCCUCGUCGGCCACUCGUACGGCGGCGCCGUCAUCACCGAGGCCGGCAACCUGCCCAACGUCAAGGGCCUCGUAUACAUCGCCGCGUUUGCGCCGGACGUGGGCGAGAGCCCCGGCGGCAUCUCGUCGCAGUACCCCGCCGUCGCCGCGCUCGAGAACCGGCUGGCGCCCGACAGCGACGGUUACCUCUGGCUCAACGCCGACACCUUCCACGAGACCUUUUGCCAGGACGCCACCGCGGACCAGGGCCUCGUCAUGGCCGUCACCCAAAAGGCACCCCUCGCGAGCACCUUUGGCGACAACGUCACCGACGCCGCCUGGAAGACCAAGCCCAGCUGGUACCAAAUCUCCACCGAGGAUCGCUGCAUCAACCCCGACGCCGAAAGGUUCAUGUCCGCGCGCCUCAACGCCAGAAGGGUCAUUGAGCUCAAGGCCGGCCACGCCUCGCUCGCUUCCAAGCCCAAGGAGGUGGCUGCUCUCAUCGACGAGGCCGCCCGCGCAUAG